GGAGAAAUGGAGAUGUGUGUUUGAUGCCACCCAGAGACACCUCUGUUUCGCCAUCAGCACCAUUCCAUCUCCCGCCACCCCGGGCCCCCGCGGCCCUCCUAUCCGCCACCGCCGUCGACUAGAAGAAGAGGAUCACAGACACGGAGGGUGUUGGGUCCGAUGGGUUCGAGCCAGAGCCGUCUUGGCUCGCGCCCGCGUCGUCCUAGUGGCAGCCGCACCCCCAAACGCUCAUUAUCCUCUAUUUUUAUCUGCGGCGCAUCCCUUCCUCACUCAUCUUCCAAUGAGACAGAAGAUUUUCCAGAUGGAUUGCCAGUGAAUUCUGCAAAACAUAUUGACCAACAAAAGCUGCAAAAUCCAACGAAAAGAGUUGCUUCCACAUUUAAUUACUCUGGAACUGAAACUGGAGUUUCAUCUGGGGAAAAUGAGGUUAAUUUUGAGGGCUCUUUAUUUGAUGACGAUUCAAGAAGUGUUGAGGGAGAUAAUAAAGGAGAAAGACUGCCUGAGAAUAUGGAAGUAGUUGCUCCUGAUAAUAUUGGUACUGGAAGCUCCGGUACAAUAGUGGUGGAUCAACCAUUUUAUUUUCCAACCUCUUCAAAUACUAUGAUAAAUACAGAAAGCUCUGGAACUCAAAUUCGUUCAGGGAAUGAAUAUAUGCAUCAGAUUUAUGGUGAUUCCAUCCAACCUAGCAGUGCAUCACCCCAUGGGAUUCUAGAGUCUUCAAGUAAUGGGGAUUUAAUUGGAAACCAAGCAAGUGCAUUUUUCGUCUUCAAUAAUUCCGGUUCUUCUUCUAUAUCUGCUUUGUCGGAUUCCUCACAAGCUUCGUAUUCACCUGGAUAUGAUACAUGUCAAGAUAUAAUUCCUUCAGGUCUAGAGUUCCUGAUGUCGGAGAGGGAACAGACCCCAAGACUCGGAGGCAUGUUUCAAGUUGGAAUGUCGGGUAUCUCUUCCAAUGUCCAUCCUAGUAGUUCUGCUGAGAUAAAUAGUCGUGGAGCAAGACACAACAGUAGAAGACUAUUUUGGGAUUCUUUUUCAAGGAGUAAUGCUGAUUCCAGCACAUUCAUCUUUGUAAAUGACAAUUCAGAUGAUGUAGGGUCUCGUGAGAGAUUGCUGCUUGGAUUUCAUGAUGAUUCAUUAGGUGCAGGGGCGGGAAGGGACUUCGGGUGGCCUCGAAGUCAAGCUCCUGCUAAUAGUGAUCAACAACGACAAUCAAGAUCAGAGAUGUUGGAAAGACUUUCCGGUGAUCUUAGUGCUAGAAGUCAUCGAACUACAAGCUGUCCAACUGGUAUUCAUCUUCGUGGCCCAUGUUCAUGUGAGUCAAUGUCGGUGGCUCAGGAAUCUGGCUCUGGUCGUGUUUCUGGAAUGUUCAUGCUCGCUGAAGCAUUAUUUGAGGUACUGAAUGAAAUGGAUCCCUUGUCACUUUCUUUAUCUAUGGUUUCACUUCCUGCCCCAGAGGCAGUUGUUGAUUCUUUACAAGUGAAAAGUUACUCGAAGAAAGAGGGAUUAGCUAUUGGGAAUGAUGUAACACAGUGCAACAUAUGCUUGGCUGAUUAUGAGGAAGGAGACGAGAUACGAGUACUCCCAUGUCACCAUGAGUUUCACAUGGAAUGCGUUGACAAAUGGCUGAAAGAGAUACAUGGCGUGUGCCCACUCUGUCGUGGAGAUGUUCGUUUGCAGGGUUCUACUUCAAACUGAGAAGGCGUUCAUUCCCUGUAAACUGUAUUCUUGAUAGCAAGCAAGGUUGGGAGAGCAAAGGGGGCGCCAAAAUACAACUCAUUUCUUCAUCGUUAUUGGUAAAUAGUUUGUGGAAUGGAAGGAAAUGAAGCGGCUUUUACUUGGCAUUGUAGUAGAGAACGGAAGGAAAAUAUAGCCAAACCGAGAUCUAUUAUCAUCGCCUUUAUGAAGUCGAGGCUUUCUUGAGUUCAAUAUCUGCAAUGACUUUCAUGACUCUGGUUUGGUGCUUUUCUUCCUUUCCGCGGUCCCCUCAAAACCAAGGACUAGCGCUUCCCUGCGGCUCCAUCGGGCACAAUGUUGAGAUCAAUUUAGUAAAAUAAGGCGGAUUUGCUCUUGUAUACAAGAUUCAAGAAGUGUAUUUCAAUAUUUCAAUCAAGUGAAAGAAUUGAAGUACAUGUCUUUUUAUCAU